AAUCCAAUUUGUAUAUCAGAGGAAAAUGCCUUGCGAAGUUUCUGCUCACUAAUCAUCAUACCUGGAAAUCAUUCAAGUCGUGUGUGUGUGUGUGUUUUUUUAAAUUGUAGAUGUUGCAAUACGUUACCCUUUACAGCCAAGCCGCCAUUUUUCCACACUCCCACUCUUUGUCAUAUGAAACAUAGCUGUUACCUGUCUUAUCUUAUCUGUUAUCUGUCUGUGCUGUGUCUGUGUUAACAGACUAUCUGGUACCUAAUUAUACCUAAGUAACUAUUUUGCGUAGUUGGAAGUUAUGGUUAUUAGUUCACCCAAGCAAAGAUCUUCUUGUUACACGUAGUUCUCUAUCAAUAGUGCGUUUCGUUCGAGUAACCGGUGUGAAUUUUAAAAUUGUAACGUCUAGUGUUGCUUCGCGUUUUGUUAUAGUUUUAUACGUGUUGGUAUGACUCAUGGUGUAUUCGCUUUCAUCGUGAUAGUUUAAUUCAAACUUUCGGUAUCUACAGUGAUUAAAAAUAUAAGCGGUACUACUGGGUAAUAACACGGCAGAAGCGAUGAAAGAAGGCAAUGAUAAUAAUACUAGUUCAUCCAAAAACGAUAUGGAUCAUAAAGUCGUUGAAAAUGAAUGCGGAGAUGGAAUAUUUCACCCAAUGAUAUGGCAGGGCUGUUCGGAUGAAGCGAACCAGAUACAGACCAAUUCUUCGAAUCUCACUCUCAGUAAUGAAAGCCAAUUUCAAGUGACACACGAACAAACCAAUUCUUCGAGCCAAAGUAAUGAAAUUAAAUUUGAGGAACUGGAUCUGCAUCUUGAGGAUGCCUGUUAUGAUAUUUUGUAUGCCACCUCAUCGGGUCAGAUCAACAGUAUGACGGUAAAUUCCACGAUUGUUCCUUCGAUUACUCAGGCUGAUUCUGAUCCGACUGAAGAAGAAUUGAAGUUACGUUUAAGUAAGUUCGGUGCCGAGGAUAUUGAAAUAGUUGGAUUGCGAAUUCAACCAGCCAAAGAUGGAGUCGUAGUUGGUAUUCGAGCGAGAGAUGACAAUAAUGUAUGUAAAUUCAAUUCGAAAGAAGUCACUCGCCUGUGGCCACAGUUGUACUUAUCGUAUUUAGAGAGUCAUGUUGUAUUCGAAGACAAGUGUUCAACUAUGUGAAGGCAGAAGACUUCAGAACUAGUUUCGGAAUCGUCUUUGGAGGAGAAGGGAGUAUCCUGAAUUUUGACGAAAAUUGGCGAGGGAGUUUAUUUUGAAUGGAAGGCUACUUAGGUGCAUUAUUUUAAAAGAAUUUUUGUAUUUUGAUAGAGUCUAGCGAAAAAUUGUGGCCAAAUGACCUUAAUAAGAUUGAGAAAAAAAUUUCAAAUUGGAAUUUUUUCUGCGUUUGAUUUCUCGCAGAGUUACACCUAAAUUGGGAAAAAGUUGAAAAAUGACCUACCUUAGAGAUAACCCAGAAAAAUUUUAAGCCAUCUAGAAUGAUGUUUAGACGUCUGAGCCAGGGGUCCUUAAAGUUGUAUCAUUUUUGAAAAUUUUGGACUUUUCACCAUUAAAAAUUUCUUUUGCAAAAAACUUACGUAGGAUUCGUGCUCAGUUGGUGAAAAUAAUACCAGUACUUUGAUAAACGUUUUUUUCCUUUGUCGUUUUGAUCAAAUUUUCAAAAUUUAUAAUUUUUUACUCAUUUUAGUGAAUGAUUGUUAAAAAAAAAUUGAAGCAAAAAAACGAAUUCGGGUAGGUUUGAGCGAAAUUACUGUAAAUAGUGUGGAAAUCGAGGUAUAUUUUGAACCGCUAAACACAAAUACAGUGUUACUUUUUCGUAAGAGAAAUUUUUAUAUUGGAAAGGUGGCAGGUGCUAUGAAGACGUGAAUGAGAAAUUAUUAUUUUCGCUAUUCGUGAAUCUUCAAGUGAUUGGUAGAUCGUUGCGAAAAAGGUUUUAAGAAUUCAAUGGGUCUAGGAGGUUCAGAAACUGAAACCGCAACUUUUUGAGUCGUGGAGGGGGGAACCGAGAUGCUGCACAAAAUUACUACCCAAAAAUGAAAAAAAAACACAAUUUUUGCAACAAUGACCCCACUUUGAAGACCCUUGGCUCAGCUACUCAAAUGACUAGGUUGGGGGGGGGGGGGUCGCAAUUUUUCUGGGUAAUCUUCCGCUCACGGUUAACUUUCCUCACCAAUUUUUAUCGAAAAAUCCAAACGUUCGGGACUUUUUUAAAAAUUAUCAUCAAAUCUUUAUAUAUGUAAUGAACUACAAUGUUUUCUAUAGUUUUUUUAUCGUAUUCUGGAAUUUAAUUGACUCAAGACUGUCUGAAUUACGACGAUUAAUUCGAAAAUGUUAUCAUAAAGUACUGGCAUCAUAUGAUGAAGAAUCAAUAAGUAUUUUUAAUUGGGUUAUUAUGAGGAUUUUGUGAAUUAAGUUGUUGAAUGCAGGUUAUUUAUAAUUGUUAUGGUUAUUUUUUUCCAUCUUCCAAAAAACUAAUCAAUUAAAACAUUAGGUAUGUACUUAAUUAGUAACGAAAUACUGGAAGGAGAAAUAUUUUUGUUUAUUGUUGUAGUUGAAAUUAUGAUUCAGUAGUGAGAAGAUAUGUGCAUUUUUAAUUCAAUUGUUACCUAUAAUUAAUUCUAGUUGAAUGUUAAUGUGUUUAUAUUUUUUUUAGUAGGUAUCGAUCUUUUUUUUAAAUUUUUGAAAAUCUAAUCAAUUCAAAUUGAUACAAAAUACCAGAAGAAAGAUUUGUGUUUAUUGUUGUCGUUUAAAUAAUACAUUGUUUUAUGAGUUUCGUGUCAA